AUGAAUGAAACAGCAAGGACCUUGCCGCAUACUCCAACUGCAGGACUGUCUAGUUAUGCCGCCAUUCCAGAUGAAGAUGAGCAAGUUGCCAGCCCUCCUCCCAUCCCUGUCAUUUCAGAAGGCCGCCCGAAGCGAAAUAUCAUCCUUCCAAAGCGCCUGCACGAUCUAUUACCAUCUAAACCUACUGGAUUUCACCUAUUUGCAUCACUGGAGCAAAAACCACCUCUCCCACCUGCCAUGCCUCAGCUGUCACCAUCCAGGUCGCCUUCUCCAUCAGCCUCACCACCACCCGAACCCAUAUAUCUCGAGACAGCUCCAAAUGAGAUGGGUCUUUAUCAGUGUUAUAAGGAGUGGCCGACUGUUGACCCUACCAUGGGAGGUGGUCUCGAUGAAGUCUCUGAUGCUUCAACAUUCACUUCUCAUGCCGACUGCCUCACAAAUGCACCUGAGAGCAGUACUGAUCCAUUUUAUCCCUUCCCAAAUGCGACUAUCUUCCACCUUUUUUCGUGGUUCUAUCAGUCAACAUCUAAAUCUUUGUCAGAUGUCACCUCCCUUGUCCAAACUGUUCUACGGGCACCAGAUUUUGAUCCUGAGCAUCUUACCGAUAACUUUGAUGCUGUGAAGGAGAUCAAGGUGCUCGAUACUAUUGGCAAACAACAAAAUUGUCUUCCAUUUUCUUUAUCUGAUGGCUGGCAUGAGACUUUGGUAACCAUCAAGCUGCCUCAAACUGGUGUUGAACACAUCUCUGAGGAGUCUGCUUCCGAGUUCGAAGUCACAGGCGUUUACCACCAGAACCUUUUGGACGUGAUUGUAUCUGCCUUCCAGAGCACUGCUUUCCUUGACUUUCAUCUGAAAGGUUUCAAGGAAAUGUGGGAUCCUGGAAACAAUGACCAGCCGGAACGAGUAUAUGGGGAGGUAUAUAGUUCAGAUAUCUUUCUUGAAAUGGAAGACGAAGUUCACCUGACACCUGACCCAAACAGAUUGGAAACUGUUAUUGUGCCAUGCAUGCUGUACUCGGAUUCAACGCAUCUUACUAAUUUCGGGACAGCCGCACUCUGGCCCAUCUACCUGUUGUUCAGCCUACUCUCCAAGUAUGUGCGGGCUCGACCAACGUCAAGAGCAUCACAUCAUAUUGUGUACAUGCCUACCAUUCUGGAUAAAAUUCAAGAUGCCUAUCUGAAAUACUUUGGAUGGCGUGCAUCCCCUGCAAUCCUAACUUUUCUGAAACAGGAGCUUGUUCAUGCUAUCUGGGCAAAGCUUAUUUCACCAGAAUUCAUGGAUGCAUAUAUAAAUGGGGUUGUAAUCUUCUGCGCUGAUAAUAUUUACCACCGUGUAUACCCUUGCUUUUUUCUAUACUCAGCUGACUACCCUGAAAAAGUCCUACUCGCAAGUAUUAAGUCAAUGGCUGAAUUUCUAUGCCCACGCUGCUUAGUAACCAAGGAAACAGCAUCGGAAAUGGGUACCAUCAAUGACAUGAAGCGCCAUGUAAAAAAAGCUAGAGUGGAUACAACACAACAGCAAAGCUGGAUUGAGAAAGUUCACAGCUGGAUUUAUGAGGAUGGCAAUGUUGUUGAUGGCAAGGCAGCGGCCAUCAGUGCUGGGAUGCCGGUUCAGCUGCAGCCAUGUGCUUUCGACCUGCCUGGACCUUUGGUCACUCGGGCUGAGUCAUCGGAUCACUGGUCUGUUGCCCGAGCCCUUAGGCUUGUCACGGCUAAGUCUUUACUGACGCAGUGGGGUUUAACACUUCUUGCUGUGUACCUUGCAGAUUUAUACGCGUUUUCCAAGGGUAGACGCCAGGCAGGUGUAUCAGGAGGCGAUAUUAUACAGGAAUUAAAUAGAAGGUUCCGAAUGAUGCCUACAUUUGGACAAGGAACUAUACAAAGGUUCAAGAAUAAUGUAUCUGACCUUAAAAACUUUGCCGCUUGUGAUUUCGAAGAUAUUCUUCAGUGCGCCAUGCCAUGCUUUGAAGGACUCUUUCCUCCGAAAUUGGACAGGCUUGUCCUUGACUUGCUAUUCUUGUUUGCUUGCUGGCAUGCGAAUGCUAAACUUCAGAUGCAUACUGAGUCAUCACUCCGAGUGUUCGAACGUCUAACGUGGCUUUUCGGGUCCUUCAUGAGAAAAUUCAAGCGGGAGGUUGAUAAAAUUGAUACACAUGAGAUUCCAAAGGAACGCGAAGCUAGGGCACGGCGCGAUAUCAAUAACAUGAAGAAGAAAGGGAACAGCAUGUCAAAAGGUAAAAUUUCAACAGCGAAAUUACAGAAAAGAUUUAAUCUUUCAACAUAUAAAUAUCAUGCCAUGGGUGAUUAUCCUGGAGUGAUUUGUGCAUUUGGAACCACAGAUUCAUAUAGUACUCAGCUGGGAGAGCUUGAGCAUCGGCAAGUCAAGCGUUUCUAUGGGCGGACCAACAAGAACAAGACCUUUGCAAAGCAGAUAUCACAUCAUGACCAAAAACACCGAAGUCGCCCUAUGCCUGCAAGGGAUGGUUCUGAGGUGCUCCCGUACACAGAUCCAAGUCACCACCAUCAUAUAUCACCAUCUACAAGUUCAAAAAUAUAUCUGGCUCCAUGGCUUCAUGAGAAUGGCAGCGACAUUGCAUGUAAUGGUUUUAUUCGAAAGCUCAAGGACCAUUUACUCUCUCGAAUUCUCAAUAGUAAUGAUGAAUUCACGGAUCUUCAUCGCCAGAACCUCAUCAUUGUCGACAACCGCCUCUACUCACAUCAAAUUCUUCGUAUCAAUUAUACUACCUACAAUGCUCGUCGAAAUCAAGAUUCUAUCAACCCUUGUACUCAUUCCGAUAUUAUGGCCCUUUCUCCUUCUACGCAGACUGAUUUGGAUAGCGAUAACAAUUCUCAUCCUUAUCUAUAUGCCAGAGUUAUCGGUAUCUUUCAUGCGACGGUCCGUCAUGUUGGCCUGCAGAGCAUCCCUUCUGGGUUUAGGGCAAAGCGCUUGCCAUGCAUUGGUUUUCUCCCAGGUGAUGAUCCUCAGGCGUUUGGGUUUGUAGAUCCUAAUGAUGUUCUUCAUGCAUCACAUAUUAUGCCUGCCUAUGUCUAUGGUCAAACGUCGGACAUCCUUCCACCCUCAAUUUGUAGGAGAUUCAAUGAGAAUGACAUGGAUUGGGCACGCUAUUAUGUGGAUAUAUUUGCUGAUCGUGACAUGUUCAUGCGGUAUUGCGGCAAUGGCGUCGGCCACAGCAAUACACGAGAGUAUACACGGGGAUUGUGGGAAGAGCUUCUCGAUGCUUUGGGGAUCACUACAUCGGAGAAUACUUCUGAAGUCGCUGAAUCGGAUGCUGAAGAAGAAGAGGAUGACGCUGAACCUGGCGCCAAUACUUCGGAAUUGGGUCAUGCGCCAGCAGACUUAGCAGACUCGGAUACUUCUGAUGCUGAAAUCGAUGGUAGCAUUGAGGAUGAAGACAGUGACAGCUCAUGGCAUUCAGAUGACUAUGUCGAGCUAAAUGAGCCUGAAGAAGACGACGAGUUUGAUGAUGAUGGGCUUUUCGGAUAUUCCGCUCUGUAA